UUCUCCCUGCAGGGAGGAUACACCUAUCGUCCUGCGGUGCAGACAUGUUGCUCGAACACCCGAGUUCGAGUUGUCAGAACGCCAAUUUCUCUCGCUACAGUGCAGGCCAAGAAAUCCCAGUGUGUGCAGGCUGCAACCAGCACAUUGUGGACCGCUUCAUCCUCAAAGUGCUGGAGCGCCACUGGCACAGCAAGUGCCUCAAGUGCACCGACUGCCAGACUCAGCUGGCGGACAAGUGCUUCAGCAGGGGGGACAGCGUUUACUGCAAAGAGGACUUCUUUAAGAGGUUCGGGACCAAAUGCGCGGCCUGUCAGCAGGGCAUCCCGCCCACGCAGGUGGUGAGGAGGGCUCAAGACUUUGUUUACCACCUGCACUGCUUCGCCUGCAUCGUGUGCAAGAGGCAGCUCGCCACGGGGGACGAGUACUACUUAAUGGAGGACAGCCGGCUGGUGUGCAAGGCCGACUAUGAGACCGCCAAACAGAGAGAAGCCGACUCGACGGCGAAAAGGCCGAGAACGACGAUCACGGCCAAGCAGCUGGAGACCCUAAAGAACGCUUAUAAUAAUUCUCCGAAGCCGGCCCGCCACGUCCGAGAGCAGCUCUCCUCCGAGACGGGCCUGGAUAUGCGGGUCGUGCAGGUUUGGUUUCAGAACAGGCGGGCUAAAGAAAAGCGGCUAAAAAAGGACGCCGGACGCCAGCGAUGGGGGCAGUACUUCCGAAACAUGAAGAGGUCGCGAGGAAGCUCCAAGUCGGACAAAGACAGCAUCCAAGAGGAGGGCAUGGACAGCGACGCCGAGGUGUCUUUCACAGACGAACCGCCCAUGUCCGAUCUAGGCCACUCCAAUGGCAUCUACAGCAGUAACUCUCCAGCCAUGGGGGGCCGCCAAGGGGCCACCAACCACGCCUCCUUCCCCUUGGAGCACGCCGUCAUGCCCUCCCAAGACCAGUUCCACGACAUCCGUUCCAGCAGCCCCUACGGCCUCCCUCAGUCGCCGGGGUCCCUGCAGGCGCUGCCCCGACACCAGCCUCUCAUCAACAGCUUGGUCUACCCCGAUUCGGGUCUUUCCAUCCUGACCCAAGGCGGCGGCGGGGGCAUCAACCCCGGCGUGAGGGUCUCCAUGGGCGCCGCCAACGGCCCCAGCUCGGACCUCUCCACCGGAAGCAGCGGGGGAUACCCGGACUUCCCGGCAAGUCCUGCGUCCUGGUUGGACGAGGUGGACCACGGCCAGUUUUGAUCCCUUGAUAAGAAACAAGACUUUUAUGAUAGACUGUUUCCUUUUGAGUCUUCAUUAAGGACUGGUCAUUGGUGCGGUCUUUGGAUGGAGAACUUCAUAAAAAGCACUAAUUUCCACAAAUAAACAUUGCCGUUUCAAAGACAACGUGAAGACUGCUUCCUCCAAUUCUCCGACCUUGUUUGUGUUGUCGUCCACAAUGUGUUCAGGUGCAGAAGUCUUUCAAUGUCUGGUCGUUGCCAAAUGUCAAUAUAAAAAUAUAAAUAUAUAAACGGUUUGUCAUUGUGGAGACUAUUUUUAUACCAGCCGCUCGCAGGACCGUGGAAAGGAGGAUCCAGCUCGGGAGGACUUUGUACAUUCUAUGGACGUAGAAGCCAGAUGGUCCACUGACAUCACUCUAUGCAUUUGUGUGUCUUGUUCUACUCCAAACAAAAUCCCUGAGGAGGUGCUUACCCCCGCGCCCCGGGGCUGUGAUGUAUAUGUUUGUUUAUGUGGAAAAUAUCUUAUUUAUUCCUUCUGGUGAUUGCCUGCUUAUUGUUAUGAGAAUGACUCUAAAUUAAUGAUGCAGGACU